UGUGUGUUGUAUCGUAAUAAAAUAGAAAAUGGACGGGAGUCCAGAUGAACAAGCAUUGCCUGAAACAUCUUCCGGUGACAGAAGAAAAUCAAGUAUUGUGGAGCCAUUUUUACGACUCCAAAACAAAGCAACAUCAUGGUCAUCGAAAUCAGAAAGCGAUCUUACAAGACUUGGCAGUGGUGAAGAGGCAGUGGAAUGCUACGGUUCUAGUUUAGUCAUCAAAGCAAAUACUGACGUGCCGUGUGGUUUCAGUGGACAGCAGAACACAACUUUACAUGAUUUUGAAAAUAGAUGCAAAUCGAGAAAGCAGCGUCGAGACGUUCUGGAUCGCAUUUCGAUAGUAUCGAACUCAUCGCCACAUUUAUGCGUUCACGGUGCUUCAAAUUCAAGAAGACGCAAAUCAUCAGGUGCUUUACUCGACGGAUUUGCUGUUGGUAGAGAUAAUCUAAACCAGCAAACGUAUGCAGCAAUGAAAUCGAGGCCUAGAAUGAGAAAUUUAAAUCCAGCGGACGUUAGCAACGAAUACGCAGUGCCAUUUCCGAUUGUUAAACCAGAAAGUGAUUUUGUAGUAGAAUAUGGCAAUAUUGUUACGGUUGAAGACAGAACAACAAGGAAAAACUUAUCAUCUGACGACAAUAAAGAAAUUAGUGUUAGUGGUGAAUCUAAUAGCAUUUGUCAAUGCACUGGGAAACAGAAAUUUAUAGAAGGCCAUUACAAAGCUACGUAUUUAUGUGACAUUAAAACCAAUGGGAGAAAUGAGGGCGCUUCUAGCUUGGAGCAAACUUCACAGGAAGUUGAGUAUGAAGGGGCGAAGCCCACAGACGCUGUUUCAUUAACCACAAAGAACACGUUAAUACAACAAAUUUCCGACAAAGAACCAAGGAAUAAACGUGACUGUCUUCCGAUACCGAGUACUAGAUCUUCAGUUUUUUCUUCAUUCGAGGACUCUGGGAGUCAUAUAUAUUCCAAUUUCAUGGGAUCAAGUUGCUUAGUACAUAAAGUCCCUACUUCGAAUACGGGGGAGGAGAAUCAUUAUGGAAAUUGCAUCUGCUCCAGUGUUGACGAUGAGGCUCAAAGACGUCGCCAUUCUCGGAGGCCAUCGAGAGCGUCUUCCACGAUCUCCAGCGUGAAUCGAUUGACAGCGAAGAGGAAUAAGGACGGAUCUCCCGCCAGGCUGUCAGAGCUCUGUAUCAGAGUUCUUAUUAGCUGUCCUCAAGUGUUUACACUUACCAGUCUCAAUGGCGUUCGGCGAAGACAAGAUCUGGGACAAACGGGUGUCGAAGACAUGAUUCAGCUCUCGGAUCUGAAUGAGGCAUCUUUGCUAUGGAAUCUCAAAAUUCGUUACGACAAGGAGCUCAUCUAUACCUACACUGGGAGUAUUCUUGUGGCUGUCAACCCAUAUAAGAUGUUCGACAUCUACGGUCUGGAUAUGGUAAAGAAAUAUGAAGGCCAAAUUCUUGGAACUUUACCACCGCACCUUUUUGCGAUAGGAUCCUCAGCAUAUGGCCACAUGUCAAAGGAAGGCUCAUCUCCUGAGAGUCAGGUAGUGGUGAUCUCUGGGGAGAGUGGCUCAGGAAAGACGGAAUCAACAAAGCUAGUCAUGCAGUAUUUGGCAGCAGUGAAUAAAUCACCUUCUAACCUAAUCACCGAACAGAUCCUUGAGGCAUCUCCUCUGCUGGAAAGUUUUGGCAAUGCUAAAACUGUUCGCAAUGAUAACUCGUCUCGAUUUGGGAAAUACCUGGAGGUGCACUUCAAAGGUGGCGUUAUAAUUGGUGCCAAGAUCACGGAGUACCUUCUCGAAAAGUCACGUAUCGUCACACAAGCUCCAGAUGAAAGAAACUAUCAUGUCUUCUAUGAGAUGCUGCAAGGUCUUACAUCUGAGGCUAAGGAAAAGUAUGGACUGUUGUCACCUGACAAGUACUUCUACCUCAAUCAGGGUGGUAAUUGUGAAAUUGAUGGCAAGUUUGAUGGAGAAGACUUCCAGUCUCUGCUGUCUGCUAUGCAGGUUCUUGGCUUUACCUCUGAUGAGCAGGACACAAUCUUCAGAAUCCUUGCUUCAGUUCUUCAUCUGGGUAAUGUAUAUUUUCAUCGCAAACAACUGAAGCAUGGGCAGGAGGGUGUGGAAAUUGGUUCAGAUGCUGAGAUCCGCUGGACUGGUCACCUGCUCCAUCUCAAUCCAGAUGGAAUUAAGAGGGCUCUUACCACAAAAAUAACAGAGGCUCGAAAUGAACGAGUGGUAACUCCGUUGAGCAUUGAUCAGGCUCUUGAUGCACGUGAUGCCUUUGCUAAGGCCUUGUAUAAUGCUCUGUUUUCAUGGCUGGUAUCUCGCAUUAACCAAAUAGUGUACAAGGGAACAAAACGUACUGCAGCCAUAUCAAUAUUGGACAUAUUUGGUUUUGAAGAUUUUAAGGAGAACAGCUUUGAGCAACUUUGUAUAAAUUACGCCAAUGAAAAUCUUCAGUUCUACUUCAAUAAACAUAUUUUCAAACUGGAGCAGCAGGAGUAUGCCAAGGAGAAGAUUGAAUGGCAGACCAUCAGCUAUACAGACAAUAUGCCUGUGAUUCAUCUCAUUGCCAAGAAGCCUGUGGGUAUCCUCCACCUCUUAGAUGAUGAAUCGAAUUUUCCCAAAGCAACAGAUUUGUCAUUCCUUGAGAAGUGCCAUUAUAACCAUGCCCUGGACGAGCUGUAUUCUAGACCUCGUAUGUCCAGCAUGGAAUUUGCCGUCAAACACUAUGCUGGACAGGUCUGGUACAGUGUUGAUGGUUUUUUGGACAAGAACAGGGACACACUGCGACAAGAUGUUGUUGACUUGCUUAUCAGCAGUAAAAUUCAGAUGGUGAGUAAGAUGUUCCAACAUGUUCGAUCCAGUCAUGAGGCAGCCAAGACAAUCAAUAAGGCCAAUGGACGGUUUGUAACAAUGAAACCUCGGACACCAACAGUUGCUGCUCGCUUCCAUGACUCGCUACAACACCUGCUGGAAUCUAUGUCUAAGUGCAAUCCGUGGUUUGUUCGCUGUAUCAAACCCAAUUCAGAUAAGGCACCAAUGAAAUUCGAUAUGCCAAUAGUUCUAGAACAGCUACGAUACACAGGAAUGCUGGAGACAAUACGCAUUCGCAAGAUGGGUUACCCUGUCCGAUUACGCUUCUCUCAGUUUGUGGAAAGGUUUCGUUAUCUACUGCCUCAACGAGUGGGAGGUCUCACAACAAGAGGGACUCCAUAUAGGGAAUUGUGUCGUGUGAUCCUGUCCUCAUGCUGCCCAGAAGCUGAAACCAAUGGUGACUAUCAGCUUGGCACUACAAGGGUCUUUCUCAGAGAGUGGUUAGAACGGGAACUGGAACGUGAACGUGCCAGAGUGGUACGGGCUGCAGCUGUUAUCCUGCAGAAGACAGUAAGAGGUUACUUGGCACGUCGGAGGUAUCGUGCUACACGCAAGGCUGCACUUACACUGCAAGCCCAUGUGAGAGGAUGGGCUGCCCGCAAGAGGUACCGGGCUGUGAGGACAGGUGUAGUGAGAGUGCAAGCUAACUUCAGGGCCAUGAGGCAGAGGAAGCGCUACUUGGAACUCAAGGAGGAACUGAAACGCCGGGCAGAAGUAGAGAAACUGGCUCGGGAGCGGGCAAAGGCCAAGGCCCAACGGGAAGAACAGGAAAGGGCUUCGCGUGCCGUGGCUGGUGUCAACCAUCUUGAAAUACCAGCUGAGUUGGCUUUUAUCUUCAGUAAGCUUGAUGAUUGGCAACCAGUCCACUCGGAACGCCAUCUAGUAAAAGUUGUUGGGGGUGUUGCAGGAUGCCCUGAUUCAGAACGCCAUCGUCUCCCACAUGAUAUUGACUCUCAUGCAUUUACAAAAUUCACAAAUAUUUAUUUUAAGUCACAUCUUUGGGGAAUGAAGCGUGAACCUAUUAAGACACCUUUCCUGGCUAAGUCUAAGGAUAUGGAUUACCAGGACUCGCUGGCUUUAUUUAAACUGAUACUGCGGUUUAUGAACGACAACAAUUUGAGUGGCAAGAAAGAGAUUGCACUUGGAGACUACAUUGUUAAUAAGGGGAUUGUUAAUGAGAAACUACGGGACGAGGUUCUCUGUCAGCUGUGUAACCAAACUUGGAAUAAUGACAACGAUGCAAACAACGAACGUGGCUGGCAACUCAUGGCCAACUGUCUCUCAGUAUUUCCUCCAUCAAAAACUCUUUACAAAUACCUUCUCAAGUAUGUGUCAGAUCAUGGGUACAAUGGGUACAAGGCUGUGUGCCAGCGCAAACUACUUCAGUCAUCCCGUAUUGAGUGGCAGUUGGCACGUAACUACCCACCAUGCCUGCUGGAGUGGCGAGCAAAUCGUAAACGAGUCAACAUGGCAUUGCAAAUAUACUUUGCAGAUGGUGAAAUGGUCAGUGUGCCUGUGGAGUCAUGGACUGGUGCUGAGGAGCUUUGCGGUCGAGCUGUUUGGGAACGAGGCAUUACUGAGAGCUUGGGCUGGACCCUUUGUCUCUCAACAGGAACUGACAAUGUAGAUAGUUCUAUGGAUGGUUUGAUCAAGGAGAUAAAUGGCCUGGACUACGUUCUUGACUUGAUAGCAGAAAUGGAACUGGCACCUGCGUUCCCAGCCUGUAGAAGCGGUUUCCUCCAGUCAGGUGGAUACAGCAGAGGCCCCAGGCAUGUCAAUAACAAGGUUCCGUCGUCACCAACAGCAGGGGCAGAAUUGGAAAUAGAGUCAGAUGUACCUGCUCCAUCAUCUCCUCGUAGACCAGUGGUCCCACCCCCUGAACCUCCUGUGGUUAAGCAGCCUCAGGCAAGAAAAGUAUCUCAUGAAGUAGUAAAAGAUGUUAACCAGUGGGGUGAAAGCAGCAAAAAUCACAGGGUGAGGUCACAGUCACGGGAUCAUACAGUGGAGAAUGCUCUGUCACGCAAAUCAGCACUUAAUGACAGAUACUUUGAAGAUAAGGGACGCAGUAGGAGUCUGGACAACCUCCUGGAAUCGGAGUUACCAGCGCCUAGAAAGUUGGAUAGCCUGGGUCUGUCCCAAAGCAGGCUGAAUGAGCGAUAUCACUCAAUGGAGAAGGUGAAUGCCAGCCACAGUGAUGUGUCUAUGCUGCUAAAUGCUGUAAGCAACAAAGAGUAUAUGACGAAGGCUGAAGCCCUGCUGGAGGAGCAGCUGGAGUCAGUGUCUCAAAGAGGAGAGAGCAACCAUCGCAAAUACAGCCUUCUGGAUAGCAGCAGGGGAGGUGAUCUAAAUUUAAAUGGGCGUAGUCCAUCAUCAGGCGUUCUGGACCAACUACCAUCAGACCUAUUGGGUGGUGGUAGCAAUCAUCGGGAUGAUAUGGAUUUUGAUUAUCCUGAUUUGGCAAGUCAGACUCGCAGUGAGGAUGACAAAGGCAGCUACAUCAAGGGUCAUCCAAGGUUUAUCAAGUCUCAGUAUGCUGGCAAGAGGGCAGCACCAGGGAGCCAUUCUAGUCGAGCAUACAUAGAGACUCGCAACUCAGAGAAGUCAGACUAUGGAGCUAAGUCCUCUGCUCUGUCAGAUACAAGUGAAGCUCCAUCUCUCGCAUCACAUGUUCGUAGAGUGCGUGUUCCCUCACAGGCAUCAGAUGUGGACCAGUUUCUGGAUGACCUGUUCAUGCCAGUACUGGAUGGUAAUUUGGAUGAGCUGUCUGAUGCUCGUUCACUGGCUGCAUCCAUCAAGGGUGGUGGAGAGUUGAGUAAGAAUGGGGCUGAACAGCAAAGAACACGUAGACUGUCUGAUAGCAGCAGUCUGGUUGAUGAUGAGGUGGCUACUCUUACAGGAUCGUCUGCUGCAUCAACACUCAGGUGGCCACAUGGUAGAGAUCAGUCAAUGGAAAAUGUUGAUGACUACAUAACUGACCUUUUCAAACCAAUAUUUGUGAAUGCCAGUUUGCAGCGCCUCACAACAGCAGUGACGUUAGCAGGAGCUAUCAAAGGUGGUGGAGGAAUGGAUUCUCACCAGACACCUCAGAGUCAGACGACCGCUGCAUUUGGUUUUACACCUAUUGCCAACAUGACAUCACCUACCCCUGUUAUGAUGUCAGGGAUGAUGUCCCCACCACCUAUGAUGGUGCCAACUAUCCCUGUUUAUGCUCCCGCAGCCCAGUCAUCUGGUAGCUUAACAUACAUGGGGCCUGCAGGGGGUAUGGCUGGUGCUGCUCAAGCUAUGGCUGCCAUGCCACAAUUCUACUCAACUCCAGUGUCUGCAGACCAAGCUGGUUUCAUGCCAAUUCCAAUAUACAACAUGCAAGGUAUGAGCCUUCCAACAUUUCCAACACCAGGACAGCAGCAGGCAGGUUCUGCAGGAGUGGAUCCAGCAGUAGCAGUGUAUCAGCAGAACCUGCAGCGUGCAUUUCUGCAGUCAGCAAUGGCACAGAACAUUCAAAUCCAGCAGCAGCUGCUUGCGCAGAAUCAGGCAUUGCAACAGAUGCUUGUUCAACCCACUCUGACAGCCCAACAGCAAACCCCAGGUAUGCACGUGCUCAGCAUGUCAGGAGCUGCUCCUCCUCCUCCUCUCUCUCACCAGAUGGCAGGGCUGAUGCAGCCCCCAACAUUUGAUACACUAGGCAGGAACUCAAAGGUAUCCUUCAGAGAGCCAGAGAAUGGUGAACUGUGGUCGACUGAGAAGCGAGGUGGUUCUAGUGCUGCGAUGGCACCCGUCUCAACAGGCAUGCCACUACAACAGCAGAUUCCUCCCCCUCCACUUCCUCCCAAGUCCCACUUUAAUCCAGCUUCACCAUAUCAACAACAGAACCCAAAUUUUGUCAAACAUGAAACUACAGUCAAAGCACAGGUUCAUCGUUCGCAGUCGCCUCCAAACCAGCUGCGUCUAUCUCCCACUCGGAAACUCAGCCCUACCAAGACUGCAGGUUCAGGCAACCCUCAAGCAGCUUUCACUAAUGUGCUGAGUGAACUCAAGUCCAGGAGAAGCUCCACAGAAUCUGGGUACUCAAACAAGAUGAAUUCUUCUGGAAAUGCACCCCCUCCUCCCCCUCCAAUGCCCCCACCACCUGAACACAUGGAUCCAUCAGAAACACGCCCCUUCCUGGAUCCUUAUGGUCGAGCCAAGACAGUAAGAAUCGGCAAGUGGCGAUGGCCUCCUCCUAAGACGGAUCAAGAUGAAAGUUCAGAUAGCUUUCUGCAGUUCAAGAUGAGACAGCAUCAGCGCAAAACAACGCCACAGCAGCAGCUAAACUCACAGGAAUUUGGUGAGCUGUCAGAAGGUAUUGAGUGGGAAGAAUUUGAAAUCACUGGGUCACCUGGUGCUGCCAGUCAUGAACGAUCACCACCAGCCAAUGCAGGAGUAAGUAGGAAGGAUAGUCGAUCAGGGAAUGCAGGUCACCACAGACUGCUUGAUGGCAAAGACAAGAAUUCUGUAAGAGCGUUUGAAGUUGGGGCAGCUCGCCCAAGCCCAGGCAGCAUAGGGAAGCUGCAUAUCAGCAGUGAAAUGCGAACAAAACUUGAAAUGGUCACCGCCAAUCACAGUCUCAGGGCAAGCAAUAAGCCAGAGAAGCCUGGUGUGAUCCCCUCAAAACGAGAUGACUCAUCUCCACCUAGUCCUCACCGACCUGUUAAAAAACUGGAGGACAACAGAAGAUUGAUGCUGGAGCAGCAGUUGGCUGGACGCUGGGAUUCUGUAGACUCUGUUGACAUUUUAACAUCAACUCCACUGAGGGGUGUGAGCAAAGAGGAACGUUCUGAAGUGCAGCAGACAAACAUCGUCCGCAGUCAGGUAGAACGGAUGGAAAAAACCACACCACGAUUUGAAGAUAAAUCAGCUGUGUUGAGCAGCGGUAGUGCUUGGGAUAAGACGGGUAUAUCCAGUAGUGGUUGGGACAAAGUUGGGAUGUCUGGAAGCCCAUGGGACAAACCCGGUAUUUCUGGUAGUGCAUGGGACAAGUCUGGAAUUAUUGGUAGUGGUUGGGACAAGCCAAGUGGAUGGGAUAAAGCCCCUCUAUCUGUUGGGAGUGGCUGGGGUGAGAAGCCUGUCAGCAACAAUAACAGUGGCAACUGGAGACCAGCUCCACCCCCACCUCCAGUCACGCCACACUUCAUAGAGACAUCACCGCCAGCUGCCUCCAGAACUGGCAGCUUCUAUUCUCAAGGUCAAAAUACAGCAUUGCCCCAGCCAAGGUCACCCCCACUACCUAUCCAGCCCGUGAAGACAAGUCGAGAUUCAGCAAUGUACCAACACAACAAUAAACAACAUUCCAAUGACCAUGAUAUGUUUACCAAUGCAUAUAACAGUAGUCAGUAUCAUCAGUUGUCACAGCACACAAAUAAUGCGUUCAGGGGGAGGGACAUGUUUGAACAGUCUGGAGGUGUGGCAAGAGUAGACAGAGACUGCCGAUCGUCUGUCUCGACACAUCUGACCGAUAGAAUGGAAAGGAUUGAGAUUGAAGAAUCUCCAGAAUUUCUGCAACCAGUGGACAUAGCACCUCCUCUCAUCAUGGAGCGGCGUGACCAUGGCAAAAACCUGGAGAUGGUGAAGACGAAGCUGUUUGGGCCUAGUAGUGCAGCAUACUUCACAUACAACAGAGUUACCUGGAGACUUUGUGUCAGGAAGGAGGUGUUUGCGCCAGGUGAGACACUGGGCAGUCCCUUAGCACUCCAUCUGGUGUUCUGCCAAGUAGUUCAGGAUUGUCUUUAUCCCACCAACUGCAUCAGAGUUAGCAGAGAACAGCGUUCCAAAAUGAGAAAGCUGCUGGAUAGCUAUGGAGUGACAAUAAAUAAUCUUCACUCCUCACAUCAGAAAGUCACAAUCAAGAAGAAUAUUGUUGACAUGGCAAAGGACUGGCCGUUAUACUUCUCUCGCAUCUUUCCUGUCUCAGGUGGGCAUCAACAUCCGGCAGUCCAGCAAUUGGCAAUUUCACACUCUGGUGUUCGACUUGUGCGUCGAGAAAAAGGGCCUAUAGAAGAUGCCCUGCAGGUGCUGGAUGCAUUUAGCUUUGAAGAAAUUUCUGAAACUUGUGUGCCAAAGGGAAGUGCAGUACAGCUGGUGCUAACAUCUGGUAUCCGCUUCUUACUGUACUCACAUCGAGCUAACCAGAUCCAUGCCAUGAUAGAGAAAUACUGCCUUGACAAUGAAAAGCUACAGCAAAAGGCAGCUCCUCGUAUCCCAGAUGGGUCGGUUCCCUCAAAAAUAGCUCUUGACGGCUGGACUGGGCACAGCCACGGCGCAGGACGCCAUCAACAGGCACCAUCACACCAGCAGUCACCAGUACUGCAGUCCCACGCCAGCACAACAUCCACUCAACACCAGCACCAGCAACGCAGUGUCAUCACUUCAUCGCCCCAACCACCAGAACCUUCUGGCCAUCACGACGGGAAACAUUCUCUUCUCCAGUUUGCCAUGCUGCAUUUCAGACAGAGCCCUGAAAAGUUUGAGAUGCUGAAGACAGCUGAUGGGUCAAUCUCUGGUUCACUGAAAGUCAUUGAGAGCCUCAAAGCAAACAAAAAAAAUAAAGGGAAAAGGGGAAGCAAAGAUACUGAUUGGACAUGGAAAGAACAGGUUGAUCUUGUUAAAUUCACUUCAGUGCCAAUAGAACAGUCGCUGCUUCGCUUGGAACCUGGUGAACUCAGUGAACUGGCUGUGGAAUGUUUUGCUGCGGUAAUGCGCUACAUGGGAGACCUACCUAUGGCUCCAGAUUCUACAGAAGUCAAGUGUGUUUACACAAUUCUUAUGCACUGCCAUAAACAUGAAGCACUGAGGGAUGAAGUAUAUUGUCAACUGAUGAAACAGACAACUAACAACAAAUCCAUGAAACCAGAUUCAUGUCAGCGAGGAUGGCGUUUGUUCAGUAUUGUUGCUGCAUAUUUUGUCUGUUCUGACACACUCAAACCAUACCUGUUCAAAUACUUGGAGACAGCAGCUUAUGAUAAGCGACGGGCAUUUCAUGGUACUGCGACAGUAUGUCUCCAGAAUCUUCGAAAAACAUUCAAAUAUGGAGGAAGGAAGAAUGUGCCCAGUGUAGAAGAGAUUACAGCCAUUAGUGCCGGUCGUAACUCCAAGCGCCAAAUCUAUAGGUUACCUGGUGGAACAGAGAGGGUCGUGAACACAAAAUCCACCACUGUUGUUCAGGUACCAUCAUGCUUCUCUUUCUCUGUAUGACUGUAUGUCUUGCAC